AUGACCCAAAUACCGAUACCACCCAGAUAUGUACGAGUUGCAGUGACACAAUUUGAGCCUAUUUGGCUUGACUUAAGCGUCUGUGAAUGGAGCAAAACUGGUCUCAUUCCCAGAAUGCUGGAUUCCAGGAUAUCCAUCAUGGAUAUGGUAGCCAUUCCUCCAGUCUUAGAUUUUAAGUUCUCGCUAAUGAUGGAUAAAUAUUCAAGGACUCUAAGUGUUGAUUUUGAUCUCUCCAUUGUCUAUAUCAAGGACUCAUUACGCAUCGACUCACCCGAAACUGGCUACAUAUAUACAGCAGCGAAAGAAGGCAAUGUAGCAGUCGUGUUAGGUUUUAGCGAGAAUUGGAAUCACUCUCUUUACAUUUCUCAAGCAAUUAUCGAUCACGAAGGCAUCAUAAAAUUGAAACGUCGAAAGCUCAAGGCUACACAUAUGGAGAGAACUGUAUUUGGCGAGGCAUCUGGCUCAUCGUUGACAAACGUAGUUGAGCUGGCCGGCAUUGGUCGAGUAGGAACUCUAGCCUGCUUGGAACAUGCACUUCCUCUACUCAAAUAUCACAGCUAUUGCCAGCGCAAAAGUAUUCACGUCUCCCAGUGGCCACCAAUAUGGGAAUAUAGUGGAGGACCAGAUCUUUGGUACAUGUCUAGAGAUGGAAGCCGAACGCUUUCGCAGGCUUACGCCAUAGAAUCACAAUCAUUCGUCUUACAUACUACAGCAGUGCUAAGUCAGGACGGAAUCGAUAGAAUGAAUACUAGUAAUGGUCUUGUUAUGAACAUGCCGGGUGGAGGCACUUCUGCAAUUUUCGGGCCUGAUGGACGAAAAUUGUCUGAAGACUUGCCAGAUACAGUUGAAGGUUUCUUAUAUGCAGAUCUCGAUCUGGAUGAAAUUCUAAAAUCGAGGAGUUUCUUGAAUGUUUGUGGCCAUUACAGUCGACCUGAUUUGCUGACUAUUAGUGUUAACGAUAUGGAAAGGGUCUUGGCGAACAGUGCAUAG